AUGAAGCGUUUCGAGGCCUACGGCUGGCACUGCGAGUACGUCGAGAAGGGUGACACUGACCUCCAGGGUAUCGAGGAUGCCAUCAAGAGAUGCCAGGACGUCAAGGACAAGCCCUCAGUCAUCAAGCUCACCACCACUAUCGGUUUCGGCUCCCAGCUCCAGGGUACCGGCGGUGUUCACGGUAACCCCCUCAAGGCCGACGACAUUAAGCACGUCAAGAAGCAGUUCGGCUUCGACCCCGAGCAGUCCUUCGUCGUUCCCCAGGAGGUCUACGACAUGUACCACAAGACCGCCGACAACGGUGCCGCCGCCGAGGCCGAGUGGAACAAGCUCUUCGAGAAGUACGCUUCCGAGCACAAGGAGGCCCACGCCGACCUUGCCCGCCGUCUUACCGGCAAGCUCCCCGAGGGCUGGCAGAAGUCCCUCCCCACCUACAAGCCCACAGACGACGCCAUUGCUUCCAGAAAGCUUUCCGAGUCCGUUCUUGAGGCCAUUUACGAAGCUGUUCCCGAGCUGGUCUCUGGUUCCGCCGAUCUGACUGGCUCCAACAACACCCGCUGGAAGAAGGCCGUCGACUUCCAGCCUCCCAACACCGGCAUUGGCCAGUGGAACGGUCGCUACAUGCGUUACGGUGUCCGUGAGCACGCCAUGGCCGCCAUCAUGAACGGUCUGUCCGCCUACGGUACCCUCAUCCCCGCCGGUGGUACUUUCCUCAACUUCGUCUCAUACGCUGCCGGUGCCGUCCGUCUCUCCGCCCUGUCUCACCAGCGCGUUCUCUACAUCGCCACUCACGACUCCAUCGGUCUUGGUGAGGACGGUCCUACCCACCAGCCUAUUGAGACUCUUGCUCACUUCCGCGCUCUCCCCAACAUCAUGGUCUGGCGCCCUGCCGACGGUAACGAGUGCUCUGCUGCCUACUACGUUGCCCUGACCAGCCGUGAGACUCCCUCGCUCCUUGCUCUCACCCGCCAGAACCUGCCCCAGCUCGAGGGUUCCACCAUCGAGAAGGCCUCCAAGGGUGGUUACGUCGCUCUCGAGCAGGAGAAGGCUGAUGUCACCCUCGUCUCCACCGGUUCCGAGGUCGGCAUCUGUCUCGAGGCUGUCAAGACCCUCAAGGACGAGUACCAGCUCACCGCCCGUGUUGUCUCUAUGCCCUGCAUGGAGGUCUUUGACGCACAAGACAAGGACUACCGCCUGUCGGUCAUCCCCGACGGUAUCCCCACCAUGUCGGUUGAGGUCAUGUCGACUCUCGGCUGGGAGAAGUACUCUCACGAGCAGUUCGGUCUCAACAGAUUCGGUGCUUCGGGUGCCUACAAGGACGUCUACAAGAAGUUCGAGUUCACCCCCGAGGGCAUUGCCAAGCGUGCUAAGAAGACUGUCGACUUCUACAAGGACGUCAAGCCUCUGCGCUCCCCCAUCAACCGUGCCUUCCUCCAGCUCAUCUAA